GCGGGCCCCGCGGGAGGGCGAGCGAGGGCAGAGGCGGCGGCGGCGGCUGGGGCAGCGGCCAGCAGCAUGCGUCUGGCCGGACCAUGGGCUCCACGCGGGUGACGGCGAAGGAGCUGUGUGAGAAUGACGACCUGGCCACCAGCCUGGUGCUCGACUCCUACCUGGGCUUCAAGACCCACAAGAUGAACGUCAGUCCGCUCCCCGCCAUCCGGAGGCAGCACCACCUGCGGGAGGCGGUGGAAGCGUUUCGCCGGCGCCGGGACCUGGACGCCGCCUACCGCGCCCUCCUGUUGGGCGAAUGGGCCGGCCCCUACUUCAAGAGCCGCAGCCGCCAGCAGGAGACGGCGCUCAAAACCCACAUACUCCGCUACCUCCGCAUCUUCCUUCCAGAGAGCGGCUUCGCGAUCCAGCCGUGUAGCCGGUACUCCCUGGAGACCAACGGCGCCCAGGUGGUGUCCACAAAGUCCUGGGGGAAGAACGACAAGCUGGAGCUGCUGGUGGGCUGCAUCGCGGAGCUGACGGAGGCGGACGAGAGCCUGCUGCGGGCCGGGGAGAACGACUUCAGCAUCAUGUAUUCCACGCGCAAGCAAUGCGCCCAGCUCUGGCUGGGCCCCGCCGCCUUCAUCAACCACGACUGCAGGCCGAACUGCAAGUUCGUCCCGACGGAGGGGAACACGGCCUGCGUCAAGGUUCUCAGGGACAUCGAGCCGGAGGACGAGAUCACCUGCUUCUAUGGCGACGGCUUCUUCGGGGAGAACAACGAGCUGUGCGAAUGCCGCACCUGUGAGAGGAAGGGGGAAGGUGCCUUCCGGCUGCGGAAGAAGGACCCCUUGCAAUCUACCUCAGCCCAGAAGAAAUACCUGCUCCGGGAGACGGACGGGCGGCUGCAGCGCUGGAAGGGGCGGGUCUCCAAACAGGUGCAGCAACAGAGCAUGAGGCGGCGGCGCAGGGCCCGGCGCAGGAGGGAGCGUGACCGCGCUUCCCGGCUCCAAGCUCUGUGCCAUGGGCCGGCCUCCUCUCUCGCGGCUCUGGGCGCCGGCCUGGUGAAGGACCUGCGGAUCUCCCUGCACGACUGUGUGGCCUGCCGGGCCGCGGGGGGAGCCGGCUGUCGACUGCGGAAGCCGCUCUGGGUCACCCUGCCGUGGUGGCGCCCCAGGGCCGGGCAGCCGGGUCCUGCGCCAGCGGGCACCGUCGUCCUCCGUCGCUCCCUGCGCAGACGCCGCCGGGCGCAGCGGGACGACAGCUGCUGCACGACCGCCGGCCUGGGUGCCCCGCGGCCCACGCCGCCCGGCCCGACCCACAUGGAGCUGGGGGGCAGGCUGCCAAGGGGACUGGCCGGGCAGGGCUCUGGGGCGGAAUCCCCCCUGGCUGGGGAGCUGCACGGGGUCAGAGCCGCCGGGAGCUGCCCCAGACAGGGCCUGGAAGAGACUCGGCCGUGCGCAAGGCCCUCGGGUGGAGUUCUGGAGCUCCGGGCUGGGGUCACGGGGCCCCCUAGUGGAGCUCUGAAGCUGUGCGCUAGGGACACACAGCUCCGGGCCGGGGACUCGAGGCCCCCUGGUGGAGAUCUGGAGCUGUGCGCUAGGGGGACACAGCUCCGGGCCGGGGACUCGGGGCCCCCUGGUGGAGCUCUGGAGCUCCGGGCCGGGGACACGGGGCCCCCUGGUGGAGAUCUGGAGCUCCGGGCCCCUGCUCCUCAGCCCCCCAGCCAGCUGGUCUGUCGGACCAGGAGUAUGGCCCGGCAGCAGGCCAAGGCCCCGCCCCCCGCCAGGCCCCGUCCCCCCACCCUGAGCCGCCGGCGGCCACCCAGCAAGGCGCCCCCAGGCAGUGACGACCCCAAGCUCUCCCUCUACGCCCACGUCCGCCUGGAGCCAGUGAGGCCGCGUCGGGCGGAGCAGGAGGAGCCCAAACGGACAGUGACCUUUCACCCCUUCGCCCCCCCGAAACGCCUGCGGCUGGUGGUGAGCCACGGCUCUAUCGACCUCGACGUGGCCUCCGGCGAGGAGUCGGCCUGAGGUGGAGGGGCCCAGCUCCCUCCUCACCGGGCUGACCACCCCCCCCCCCCGCCCAACGGGAUUGCACUGAGCCGCCGCCCACCUACCCCAUUGGACAGAGCUUUCCCGGAGCUCCUCCCACGCCAGGGGGCCCGGGGGUCUGCUGGCGACGGGUUUAACCGGAACCCUUGGGGGUUAUUUAUAGUCAGUUUGACAGGAGACCCCAGGCCUGAUAAGGGGCGUGGAUGCAAACAGGCUGCUGGGCCGUGGGGCCUUUCCCCUCUAGGGGGCACUAGCCCAGGUCUGGCCCCAGAGUGGGCACUGGCUCGACUUCAGGAUGGGGGGCACUGCCCCCCCACCUGCUCCCCAGGCUGUGGGGCACAGGUCUGUCCCCGUCCUGCCACCGGCCGUGUACAACACCCAGACCUUGGCUAAGGCUUUUGGUGGGGCCUGGGCCAGAUACCCAGGGGAGGGGCACCAGCUCACAGCCUGGCAUCCCCGUGCACCCCCUAUAGCUGGGGGGCUGCACACAGGGCACCUCCAAAUCCCACGGCCCCUGUCUCCCCAGCAUCCUUAGCCCUUUGCAGGCCAGCCCCGCGGCAGGGGCACAGGGUGGCGUUCGGAUGCUGCCUGGCCCAGGACGCCUGGGUUCCCCCCCUGGGCUGUACAGGGUGGUGAGUUUGUUACUUGAUCUGAUUAGGGAGUCGGUUUGAUCCCCCAGCUCUCACCUCAGAGGUGUCCCUUGCGUUUAGAUUGGAAGGGCCAGUUCUCCCGUCUCUGGUGCUAGUUCUGCGUUUUUUUCUCCCUCAGAUCCCCAGCUGCUGGAGUCAGGGGGUGAGGGGAGAAUUGUGUUUGAUAAAAAAAACCUUUCCCCCAUUGGGGGAGGCCCAGGCAGCUCCCCCACAGCCCCCCAGAAAAAGGGGCCUGGCCUGACCCCAUUGAUGGUUUGCGAUUGUAUCAGUUUUCGUCCCUGAGGACCAGCUGGUGAAUUUUGAGCCUGGGGGCUGAUCUGGGGGGGGGCCUGAAGGGAUUAAUUUCUAACAUGCCCUGGCUCUUGGACCCCUUGAUUCUCAGUCUUUGUUGUUCCUUGCUCCCUGACUGGCUUGGGGGGGGGGAGCGACCCCAGGCUGGUUAAAGGGGGCUUCUGAACGCCCCCCACCCUGGUUGGUGCAUGACGUAGUGUUUAGGGUUCUCUGUAGUGAGGGGCCGGGAGCUGGGUCCAAAGGAUAGUGGGGUCAGUAGAUGAUGGGGAUGGGGGAGCCAGGACUCCUGGGUUCUGGCCCCAGCUGUGGGAGGGGAGUGGGGUCUAGUGAUUGAGGGGGAAGGGCUGAGAGCCAGGACUCCCGGGUUCAGUCUGCAGUUGUGGGAAUGGAGUGGCGUGUGAGGGGAAAGGGGGGGGGGGGGGGGGGAGGCAGGACUCCUGGGUCCAGUCACGUCACCUCUGUGCCUCAGUUUCCCCAUCUGAAAAAUGGGUUUCACACUUACCUACCUCACUGGGGGAGGGAGGCGAAGCCAUUUCUGAAGCAUCCAGGCAACCCCACCCCCUGCCAGGGUGCAGCGCCCCCUUUCCCUGCCCCCCCCCCCAUGGGGUCUGCAGAGCCCGGGCUUGUGUUGGUGAUAGAUUCCCCCGCCUUCAGUUCAGCCGCCCCUGCUGCCCACAACCCCCUUGGGGCUCAGGGUUGGCCCUGCCAAGGCAGAGGGUGGCCGGACGCCUGGGUUCUUCCGCGUGGGGGGGGGGGCGCUAACACUGUUAUACCUGUAUCUCCGGGGCGGGGGGGCUCUGUGCUGGAGGAGGGGUGGGGACUGGAAACGUGGGGUGACUCACCUGCACCCCCCUGGGCUACCCCCACAGCUGACCCAGGAUGGGGGGGGUGGAUUGGUGCUAGGGGCACAGGGUGAAAAGCUCUGGGGAA